AUGGUACUGCUCAGUCCAUCGAUAGGUGGGUUGAAAAAGCUGCUGUCAAUCUGCGAGGCCUAUGCGGAGGAACACGGCUUGAUUUAUAACUCAAGGAAGAGUGAGCUCCUCGUAUUUAAAGCACCAAAGCAACAGCCACGCAGUGUUCCACCCGUAAAUCUCAACGGAGUGGCAUUAAAAAUUGUCAGUAGUUUUAAGUACCUUGGCCACGUUGUUACAAGUGAUUUAAGGGACGAUGGAGAUAUUGAGAGGGAGCGCAGGGCAUUGUCUGUGAGAAGCAAUAUGCUCGUCCGUAGGUUCGCUCGUUGUACUAAUACCGUCAAAGUAACCCUUUUCAAGUCGUUCUGUCAAUCGUUUUACACGAGCGGCCUGUGGGUGUCAUACACGCGACGAGCCUACAGUGCCCUGCGUGUCCAAUUCAAUAAUGCCUUCAGGAUGCUGUUGGGACUGCCAUGGCGUUGUAGUGCGUCGGGAAUGUUUGCGGAGGCUCGCACAGAUGAUUUCCACGCCAUCAUGCGUAAGAAAGCGGCCUCCUUACUGCGGCACUUGCAUGGUAGUGACAACAGCAUUUUGAAGAUGAUUGCUGCCAGACCGGACUGUCCCUUGCAGAGACACUGGGUGGCCACAGUCGUUAAUAAAAUUUAA